CACGACGCAGAAGUGUCUUAGCAACCUCUGUGUUUCGGACAACUCACGGAGGAAAGUCGGGGGAAAAAAGAAGAGAAAAAGACCCGUAACGUCCCCACGGUCAACAUUUUCCAGUCGUGCGUGACAAUGAUGAUGAUGAUGAACGAGUUUGAAUUGCUGUCGGAAGGACUGUCAAAUGUCAAAUUGCAGCAGAGGCGUCGGGGCGUCGAGGCGCAAAGACGAGCGAGGCUGCUGGACGACAAGAUGAGGACCAUCGGGGUUGACAAGGAAUUUCUUGACAAGCAAGUGGCUGAGAAGAUAACAAGGAAAAGGGCAGAAAAGGAAGAACAAGAUGCUUAUGAUGCUGCCACGCUGGACAAUCUAAAACGAGAUUCCGAGCGCCGCUAUCAACAACUCAAGGUCAAACGUGAAAUGGAGAAGGCCAUCGUGGACUACCGCCACUGGCACCAGAAACCUGGGGGCAAGCAGGAAUUUGACCCUGAAGGGUCUCGCGGCGGCAAAAUGCAAAUGAUGAUGUUGCCUGGUCUGCCAGGGGAGGACCUGGACAGCAGGACACGAGUGCAGAGGCAGAGGGAGCAGCUCCGGGAUUGGCUCAUCCAGCAGCAGGAGGACCAGGCUGCAGAAAAACACAGACAGAAGAUGGAGAAACAGCGGGAUGACCAAAGCAGAGUUGACAUGGACAAUGAAGCUCUGCAGCUGCAGAGAAAAGAGCUGGAUAGGAGAAAAGCUGAAACGGUUGCUACUCAAGAGUGGAAUCUGAACACGAUGACCAAGGCAGAAGAAAGGCGUCGUCAGGAGCGCACUCAAAAGGACAUCUGGCAGCAAGGUCUGCACGCGGGCACGAUGGGAGCACCUGGCUUUUGUCCCAGCAGCGACAGAAAGCCGCCACCUGAGAGCUUGAUGCAAAUCACGCAGUUCCACAAGCAUCAAAUUGAAGAGAAAACGAGAGCGGAAUUAGAGGAGAAGCGAGAAGAAAUGCGGCACAGCACCUCCCGUCUGGACCGGGCUCGUACAGCCGUGCUCUUGGAGAGGCAGCAGGCCAGACGCAGGAAGCAGCUACGACGACAUAUGGACACCACAAACAAAGACCUGGCAACGUCACAGGCGCAAAGGAAAGAUGACAUUGAGAGAGGACACAUUGAUGAGUCCUUCUUCGCCCAAUUCAACACCAGCAGCCGCUGAUGACAAUGAUAACGAAGGAUGACAAAAAGAUAAUGUGUUCCAAAAUAACCUCAAAGUGAAUACCAAUAAAAACAAAUACAAUGCUUUUUUUCCCAUUUUUUUUUUUUUUACAAAUGCGAUGUUUUAUUGGCAAAUAUCACAGUCAAUGCGACCACACUCCUCUUUGUGAAGAAAAAAAUACUGAAAAAAAAAAAAAGUUUCAUCUGUGUUUCCUGAGCCACAUCAUAAAACACAUUUCAACCAUCUACUUAUUAAACACACACACACACACACACACACACAAAAACCCAUUAUGACCCUACUUUUGGGGUCGACUGAAGCGGACUGAUACAACACCAGAAAAAAAGUUCAGUACCACGUGUGACAAACUUCAUGUUUUAUCAUCCUAAACUCCAGGUUUUCAAGGGAUGACAUUGACGUUAAAACAUUUCAACAUUUUCAGGUGUCAAUACGAUAAGUUAUCAAGUUACAAGGUGAUAUGCUUCACUUGCAUAUUUGGCAAAACAAAAUAUCCCUAGAAGUUCAAAUGGCUGUGGAGCCCUACGAACGGACGUGUGUCACCUUUUUCUGUCUUAUAAGUAAAUCAAAGUUACUAGCUCUGCAACUUCACUGUGCUUACAUAAUGUAAAAAUAAUAAUAAGGCCAAGUGUUUAAAGGCAUUUAAGAGCUAAAAAGAAGACACACAUCCCUUCAGAGGGUUCUGCCAGUGACCUGAACGGGAAUGAAAUAUUUUGAUUUGUUUAGCCGAAUGCCGAAGCCAAAAUUAACAUUUACUCACAUUGAAAAUUUUUAAAUACUA